AAAUCGGUCUGCAAUGUGUCUCUACAGAUUUAGGGAAAGCUGUGUUUUUCAGCGGAGAGAAGCGGCUGUUACAUAAUUUAGCAAAGACCUAACUAUUUGCAUGAAGAAUUUGGUUUCAUUUUUUUUUUCAAGCAAAACCACAGAGGAACCGGCUAUCGGACACGGCGUGUGUCUCUUGUAAUCAGAGCGCCCUCCUGGUAGCAGGACCCAGGCAGCGGCCCUGCCAUCAAGAAGAAACGCCCCACCGGGAGGACCUGCCUCUACCGCCUGCUGCAGAGAGGCUCUGAGGGGCAGAGCAGGAAGGUUUCUCACUGGCGGCUCGAGGAAAGUGUUUUCGAUCCCCAAGGCAUGGCCCAGAGGCAGCACUGACUGUUCCAGGCAGCCUUUGCUUCCAGGAUGCGGCCGGUGUGGGACCAGAGGAGCACGAUGCGGCUGGGAGCCCUGUUGACGCUGCUGCUCUGUUCAGGCCUUGGGAGUCAGGAGAACUCUUUCACCAUCAACAGCAUCCACAUGCAGAGCCUGCCAGACUGGAAGGUGGAGAACGGGCAGAACGUGACCCUGCAGUGCGUCGUGGACAUCAGCACCACCUCGCACGUCAAGCCGCGGCACCAGGUGCUGUUCUACAAGGACGAUGCGCUCCUGCACAACGUCUCCUCCGUGAAGGACACAGAGAGCUUUCUGAUCCCUCACGCCCGGGUGUUCAACUCGGGGAUGUAUAAGUGCGUGGUGCUGCUGAACAACAAGAAGAAGACCACCGGGGAGAACCGGCUGUGGGUGCAGGGGGUACCAAAGCCCAAGGUGACCCUGGACAAGAAGGAAGCCAUAGAAGGCGGGGCCGUGACGGUCAACUGUUCUGUUCCAGAGGAAAGGGCCCCCAUAUAUUUCAAAGUUGAAAAGUUUGAACGCGAUCCAAAAGUUGUCAAGCUCGUAAAAGAGAAGACUUCUUUGGGACAGAAUUUUGUGACCGUGGAGUUCCCGAUUGGAGAACAGGACUAUGUUUUAUAUUUCACCUGUCAAGCCAGGAUUUCCUCGGGGUUCCAAACUGAGACUUCGGACACCACCAGGAGUGAAGAGGUCACUGUGACAGCGUCCUUCUCUACUCCCAGGUUCCACAUCACCCCCGCUGGGAUCAUCACGGAGGGAGACGACCUCCAAAUCAAGUGCACCAUUCAAGUGACGCACCUGGCCCACGAGACCCCAGAAAUCAUAAUCCAGAAGGACAGGGAGAUCGUGGCCUACAGCAGCAGCGGCCGCGAGACCAUCUACUCGGUCAUGGCCAUGGUGGAGCACAACGGCAACUACACGUGCAAGGUGGAAUCCAGCCGCCUCUCCAAGGUCAGCAGCGUCAUGGUCAACAUCACAGAACUGUUUCCCAAGCCGAAGCUGGAAUCUUCCUCCACCCGUUUGGACCAAGGUGAGAGGCUGGACCUGCUGUGCUCCAUCCCAGGAGCACCUCUGGCCAACUUCACUAUCGAGAAGGAAGGCACCGUCGUGUCACGGGGCCAGAACUUCACCAAGAUCACGGAAGGGUGGGACAGCGGGACGUACACCUGCACCGCAGGGGUCGGCAAAGUGGUCAAGAAAAGCAAUGCCGUGCAGAUCACAGUGUGCGGAAAUAUCUCCACGCCCAGGAUUCUUCAUCACCCCAAGUCCGAGAUCAUUAAGGGACAGGCCGUAACAGUCAGUUGCCACUCGAGAAAUGGGACUUCACCUAUUACUUAUUACCUGUUAAGAGGAAGUGAUGUUUUAGAGAAUAUCACAAAGGCCUCAGAUAAGCCCGCCGAGUUCCGAGACAGCCCCACCAAGGAUGCAGAAUACAAGUGCGUUGCAGAUAACUGUCACUCCCACCCUGCAGUGUCCAGUGAGGUCCUGAGCAUCAAGGUGAUAGCCCCCGUGUACCAGGUCAAGCUCACUAUCCUGAGGAACCCCGAGGUGGAGUCUGGGAAGGAAAUCGUGCUUCAGUGCUCCGUGAACGAAGGGACCGGUCCAAUCACAUACAGGUUUUACAAAGUCGGGGAGCCCAACCCCUUCCACCAAACCACCUCCAAUGACACCCGUGUAAUUUGGUACAAGGAGCAGGCUAGCAAGGAGCAGGAGGGUCAGUACUACUGCGUGGCUUCCAACAGAGCGAGUUUCACCGCGGGCAGCACCCAGAGCAACACUCUGAUGGUCAAAGUGUUUCUCGCCUCGUGGAAGAAAGUGCUGAUCGCAGUCCUCGUCAUCGGAAUGGUAAUCGCCACCUUGAUAGUUGGAGCCCGAUGCUAUGUGCUGAGGAAAGCCAAAGCCAAGCAGAUGCCUGUGGAAAUGUCCAGGCCGGCAGCGCCGCUUCUGAAAUCCAACAAUGAAAAGGUGUCAGAGCCUAACAGCGAAGCCAACAGUCAUUACGGUUACAGCGAUGACAUUGGAAACCAUGCGAUGAAGCAGCCCUGUGAAAGCAAAGCAGAGCCUGUGAACUCAGACGUGGAGUACACAGAAGUGGAGGUAUCCUCAGCGGAGCCCCACCACGUUCCAGGAACAAAGGGCACGGACACGGUGUACAGUGAGAUCCGGAAAGCCGAUCCUAAUUCUGUGGAAAACAGAUGUUCUAGAACAGAAGCCUCCCUUGAUGAAACUUAGGACAGCAGAAGCAGGCGCUCAGACGUCCGCGUCCCAAGAAGAGCAGACGGUUCCCAUAUUCCAAGACCUCUGUGCACUUACCUCUGUCUAACCUAGCAAUUCCUCAGACCAAGGCACCAGUUCUUAAAUCCAUCCCGCUGCGUUAACAUUAGGUAUAAAGAGAUACAGAGAGGGCCGGGGAUGUCGCCCCGCAGCACAGCGCCUGCCUGGCAGCGCACGGUCCUGAGUUUGAUUCCCGGUACCCAAAAAAAAAAACAUACAGAGGGGCUGCUCGAUCACUUGUGCGGCCCUCCUCCCAAGUGGAAGCAUCCUCACCGUGCAGAAGAGCUGAAAGAGGUCAGAGAUAACAGGCCACUGGGGUAUUUUAAAACUUGAAUAUUUUGUCUUGCGCAGAGAUAAAGAACAGCUGCAUGCGCCCCCCCACACACACACACACGUUCUCUUGUACCCACUCACUUCUAGGAGGUGGCCGGCUCUCAGGCCUAGUUUGUUGUUUCCUUUUUCUUUGGUCCUUCCGUGGCCUGAAGCUCUGGGUAGUGCUUGCGCUUCAGAAAUGACCAGACAGCGUCCCGGUCCCCUCUGACCUCACCCGCCGCAGGGGGGAGGCGAAGCUGCUUGGGUGGAGCCCCUGGGAGGCCACCUUGAAGGCGAGGCCUGGGCAGGGCUCAGACGGAAGAGGCAGGCAGAGCGAGCCCUGUCGUCUUCCUCCACCAAGCCAGAGGCCGAAAGAGGAGAAACGGUUGCCUACAGCAAAUACUAUUUCUAAUAGGAAAAUGAAGCGUGUAUUUUUCUUACUAAUUUUUUUUUUUUAUUUAUUCCCUGCUACAGAAGUGGGCUCCUGAGCUCCUAAGCUGUUUGGGAGGCCGUCCUGAGGGGUGGGAAGGGGUGGCGGCCGGCACCGUGGAGCGCGCUGACCCGAAAUCGCCUUCCCUGCUCGCCUCAGUGCCCCAGCGGCAGGGAACCCGAGGGGUGUUGUAUUAAAUAAAUUUGAUCUUUACUCUUCCCAGA